AUGGAGAUGGCAGGUCCCCCACCACCCCACCGGCCCCUCUGGCUACUGGCGGGGGUCUGGCCUCUGCCCCAGCCAGGCCUCCUCAAGGCCCGGCCUCCGGGAGUCGUUUUGUGUCUUCCCAGCGUGUCUGGCUGCAGCGCGGCGGGGCGCGCUCUGCCCUGCCCACUCUGGCUGGCACCCCAAGCAGAGGACUUCCUCGACGUGACAGUCUCACCGUUGCCUGGCAGCCCCCGGGACCGGCAGGGCCCUGUCUGCUUCAGUCCCUGUUCUGAACAGGGACUCACCCAGUUCUGCCUGCACCCCACAGAUAGCCCUGGAGCGUCUCUGCCUGUGCCAGGCCAGGCUGUCCUGUGGGACCUGGGCACUGAAACCAUUUACAUAAAGAGCCCUGCAUGUGUCUGCGACCAAGAUGCAUUUCUUCCAGCAUCUCCCCCGGCUUCCCCAGACGCCGCCUGUCAGAGCCUGGCCCAGUUCUCCAGCGCUGGGGGGAGUGGGGGUCACUCAGGGACCACCCAUGCCUGGGUCACCCCAGACACAAGGCUGGAGGAGGCCAGCCAGAAUAACAACUGGGCCUCCAUGUAUUUGUUUUCCCUUUUUGUGGUUCCCGGGAUAGAACCCCGGGCCCUGACGCGUGCCAAGCCAGCGCUCUUACCACCGGGCCCCGUCACCAGCCCUCCAUCGUUGGAGAUAGAACCCAGCCACUCUUCAAGGGCUCAGGAGGUGGCACGCCUCCUACCAGCCGAGCCUGAGGGUCUCAGCCCAGCCCCGGAUCUGGCCUCAGUUGCAAGUUGCAGCUUGGUGGCCCCAGCGUCAAGUUCACGUGGAAGGUCUGGUGGAGCAGAGGCUGCAGGACGGUCUCCAAACCAGGCUUGGAAGCAGCCAGCUCUUUCCCAGUGAUGAAGCCCAAGUUGACAGCCACCAUGGACUCCUUGGCUCAUUCCAGGUGGCUGCCAAUCAGUCCUGUUCUCCAACAGAGGCAGCCCGAAGUCACACUGCUCUCCCGGCCUGACUUUGGGCAAAGGGAUGUAUGUACCUUCGGUUGGCUCCUCUUUUAAGAAAUACCAAGAGCAGGACAGGGAGAAUCUCACCCUCCCCGGCAGCCAAGGGCACCGAGACCCUUUGUCCUGUGUGCCUGGAAGCCAGGAGCUCAGCGGGGACCAGCCCCCAGUCCAGGGUCACCAGACUCCCUGGCCCAAGGUCCCCCUCUGGACUUUCGUCUUCCCCGAUUCAGACUCGGGAGGGUACUCCUCACACAGGCUCUUGGAUGCGAACUGUAUGCCUUCGCAUUUUAUAGCCACUCUUGCCUGGGUGCUAGAAUGUGCUGGAAUGUCACCCUGUGAGUCACCCGGGAAGGCCUACGUGCUUCCAUUUGGGGCUGCACACUCCACGGUGAUCCCCCUAGUCCUGUGGAGGAUGUUUCUGGAGUCUGAGGUUGAAGAUCCACUUCCAAGCACGCCUCGCAUGGGAAUGCCACACACGGGCACCAGAGAACGUGUUCUAGAACCUUCCGUGGCAGGUUUAUUCAGCAGAUCCUCAGACUGUGACCUCCCAUCCCAACAAAUGUCCCUCAGAAGGAGAACGGAUAAACCCACCCGGUGGCAGCGAAGUUCUCCCUUCUCCGUGGUUUCCCCUCUCCCCACGAUUUUAGUUACCUAUGGCUGACCCCAGCCCAAAAGUAUCCAAAGGAAGAUUCCAGAAGUCAAUUUAAUUCAGGAGGAAUUAAAAAUGAUUUUUUUUAUUAGA